UCACGCGGCAUCUUGUAAUCAGCGUCCAGUUCGACGCUAAAACCGUAGGCAUAUAUAGAUCUUCAGUUUCCAGCGCUAAUUAAUUUGAUAGUGGUACCACGGAGUCGUAAAGUUCUGAGUCCUUUUCAUUUGACAAGUGAUCGCACUAAAACCAGGAGCAAUGCCGGGUGCCAAAAAGGGAAUUCUAGAGAGAUUAGAUGCUGGGCCAGUGAUUGGUGAUGGGGGCUUUGUCUUUGCUCUCGAGAAGCGUGGUUAUGUCAAGGCAGGACCCUGGACCCCUGAAGCGGCCAUCGAACACCCCGAAGCAGUGAGACAGUUGCACAGAGAGUUUCUGCGGGCUGGGUCUGAUGUUAUGCAAGCAUUCACGUUCUACGCCAGCGAUGAUAAGUUACAGAACAGAGGUUGUGCUGCUAAUGCCACACAUAGUGGUGCAGCAAUCAACCAGGCAGCCUGCAAUCUCUCGCGAGAGGUCGCAAAUGAGGGUGACGCUCUUGUUGCUGGCGGCGUGUCUCAGACUCCAUCCUAUCUGAGUGGGAAAAACAAGGAAGAGUGCCAGAAGGAGUUCCGUAAACAGAUGGACGUGUUCGUGAAAAAUGAAGUUGACUUCAUCAUUUGCGAGUACUUUGAGCAUGUUGAGGAGGCAGAAUGGGCUAUAGCUGUUGCUAAGGAGACCCAGCUUCCAGUCGCUGCAAAUCUCUGCAUUGGUCCGGAUGGAGAUGUGCAUGGAAUAAGCUGUGAGGAAUGCGCCGUUCGCAUGGCUAAUGCUGGUGCUGAUAUUGUGGGUGUGAACUGUCAUUUUGAUCCAUUUGUAUCGCUCAAAACCAUCAAACUGAUGAAGCAGGGAUUGGAAGCAGCCAAAAUCAAGUGUCAUCUGAUGGUUCAACCCCUAGCUUUUCACACUCCAGACUGUGGAAGACAAGGUUUCAUCGACCUUGUAGAGUUCCCCUUUGCUCUGGAGCCACGAAUCCUGACACGCUGGGACAUGCAUCGGUUUGCUCGAGAGGCCUACGAUCUUGGUGUCCGAUACAUCGGCGGUUGCUGUGGCUUCGAACCCUAUCACAUCCGAGCCCUCGCUGAGGAGCUGGCCACUGAGCGUGGGAAAAUGCCAGCAGCAUCGGAGAAACAUGACAUAUGUGCCGGGGGGCUGAAGAUGCAUACAAAACCAUGGGUCCGGGCCAGAGCGAGCAAGGACUACUGGCAGAAUCUUGAACCAGCUUCCGGGCGGCCAUACGCUUCUGCCAUGUCCAAACCCAGUAACUGGGGGGUAUCCCGCGGUCAUGAGCAUCUUGUGCAGAAGCAGAGUGCCACAACUGAGGAAGAGAUUGAUGAAGUAAAGAAGUUUAAACAGUAAUGAGUUAAUUUAAAGGAGGAAAGCGAUUGACGGGCAAGAGAUUAUAUUGCACAGUUAAUCGCUAACUUAAUUGAUACACCUGGUUAUGUCAAGAGUCAAUUGAAAUAAAGAUGAUGUAGCAGGUUGUAUUCCAUCAUAGAGAAGACCGAGAUACGGAAGCUAUUGUUUCAUAGUAAUUCAUUGUAAUUCAUUGUUAUUUCAUCGUAUUCAUUGUAAGCAAUAGAUUGUUGACGCAUGUAGUUUUCAUUGGUAAUAUUUCCAAGGAAAAUAAAAAUAAAAAACGUUUUUAGGAAUCACUGUUUGAUGAUCUAUUAAAGAUGUGUAAAUUUGUAUGUAUUCAUGUGCAAAUAUUCAGCAAAAAACAAUAAAGGAAUGUUGAUGCAUA